AUAUUAUGAAUCUUGUGAUCACCAUAUGUUCAAUUAAUUUCAACUAUGCGUGCGUGCAUUGGAAAAGUAAAAAAGGAAUUGGAAAUCCCACAAAAGAAAAUGGUAUCACUAUCUCAAAAUAUUUUUGUUUUAAUAUAAAAACAUAGCUCAUAACAUCAUCUUCAUAUAUUUCUUCACCACUAUAGUAAAGCCGAAACUACCCUGAAAGGACUUGAUCUACCAAAGUUUUUAUAUAAAUAAAUAGAAACACAUUAAUAUUGUGUAGUGGUGAAGAUGACGAAGACUCCUUGUUGUGAAAGGAUGGGAAUGAGGAAAGGACCAUGGAGUGAUGAAGAAGAUCAAAUAUUGAUUUCUCAUAUUCAAACAUAUGGUCAUGGAAAUUGGCGUGCCCUUCCUAAACAAGCUGGUUUGUUAAGGUGUGGUAAGAGUUGUAGACUUCGUUGGAAAAAUUAUUUGAGACCAGAUAUCAAACGAGGAAAAUUUAGCGACGAAGAAGAAGAUUCAAUCAUAAAACUACAUGAAAUUCUCGGAAAUAAAUGGUCAACUAUUGCAGCAAGAUUACCCGGACGAACAGACAAUGAAGUAAAAAACUUUUGGCAUACUCAUUUGAAGAAAAGGGUCCAAAAAAAUAAAGUGCAAAAUGCCAAUACUUCUUACUCAUAUAAUACUUUGCUAGAUGCACAAGCAAGUGACGUUUCUAGUGUCGGUGAAAAAAGUGUUAUUUCCAAAUAUUGUUUAGCCUCAACCAAGGAACCAAACAUUGUAAGCCCAGGAUUUUACAAUGCAAUAUCUUGUGAUACUUUAGGAGAAAAUGUAGGUAAUCAUAGUUCAAGUCAGAUUAGUGAAGAAAUGGAAUUUUGGUACAAUGUAUUCAUUAAAUCAGCGCAGCCAUCAUGAAGGAAUGGAAAUUUAGGAGAUUGUCUCAUAUGUAUCUACCUCUUUCUCCAUAUCUUUUCAAAUAUUAUUCUUAAUUUUAGGUUUGUGUAUAAAA